AUGGGAAUGAAGCGUAACUCCUCCUCCACAGCAACGUUUGUUGAUGGGAAGAUCUAUGUAGCCGGAGGCUGCGAUGAUAAAUACGUAGAUUAUCCAAACUGGAUGGAAGUGUUUGAUCUUGAGACACAAACUUGGAGCCCUGUGAAGAACCCUCGCGUUUUCUGGUUACACGAAGAGGAUAGGAUCAAGGGCUUUAUAGCCAAGAGCGUAUGGCUUGAAGGAAAACUCUACGUGUUUGGGGAUGAGUCUGUGGUUUACAAUCAAGAGGAAGGUCGAUGGGAUCCGAUAGGUAUGGAUAAUUAUCGUAUGGCUUGGGCAGCAAGGCAUUGUCAUUGCGUGAUAGACGAUGUUUUGUACUUUUGGGAUGGGGAAAGGUUUAGAUGGUGGGACUCCAAGGCAAGUUUGUGGAAGGAAUUGAGUGGUAUUGAAGGAUUGCCUGAUCUUAGCGGCGAAGUCCGUAAAUACUGUAAAAUGGUGGAUCUUGGUGGAAAGAUUGGGUUUUUGUGGUGUGAGUAUUUGUAUAAUCAGCCCAUGGAGAUAUGUAGGAUCUGGUGUGCUGAGAUUUCGCUUGAAAGGCGUAACGGAGAUGAGAUUUGUGGGAAGGUUGAGUGGUUUGAUUAUGUGCUUAGAGCCCAUGGUUCUUGUUCCUCGUUCAAUGUUGUUUCUGCUUCUGUUUGA